AUGGCCUACGAUGCGCCGAGCAAGGCGAGCUUCAUGGGCGUGCCGAUGAAGCACGUCUCGCUCAUUACUCUCACAGUGCAAAAUUCCGCGUUAAUACUAAUUAUGCAUUACUCGAGGAUCAUGCCCUCGGUAGGCGGCCACCGAUACUUCACAUCCACAGCUGUGUUUCUCAAUGAGGUCAUCAAGCUGGCUGUAUCCUUGACGAUAGCCAUGUACGACAUCUCGCAGACGCUGCCUCCCUCCACGCCCGCGACGGUGCUUUUCGAACAGUUGUAUAAUUCGGUCUUCUCGGGGGAUGGGUGGAAGUUGGCGAUUCCCGCGGUGCUGUACACGCUACAGAACUCGCUACAAUACGUCGCGGUCAGCAACUUGGACGCGGUGCAUUUUCAGAUUCUGUAUCAGUUGAAGAUUCUUACGACGGCUCUAUUCAGUGUCACGAUGCUCGGACGCUCGCUCUCCUCGAAGAAAUGGACCUCGCUGGUGCUGUUGACAUUUGGAGUGGCUAUUGUGCAGAUGCCGAAUAGCGAUUCUAAUGCCUAUGCGCCCAUCACGGACUCAUCCUCGCGGCUCUUCUUCCCAAGAUCCUUCCAUGAACUGGGACAAUUAACGAACGGGGCUGGGGAGGUGGCGAGGGAGUUGACGAGACGGGGUAUGGAGGGGCUCUCAGAGGGACUUACGAAGCGGUCCGCAACAUACGAGGGCAUCCAAGAGGAUAUGGGCCUCACUAAGCCGGCUAUGAACUACUCGCUAGGCCUUACUGCGGUUCUGGUCGCGGCGGUGAUAUCUGGCUUGACGGGUGUAUACUUUGAGAAAGUGCUGAAGCAAGGAACGCAGCAUGCCAGCGUCUGGACCCGCAAUAUUCAGCUGUCCUUCUACUCGCUAUUCCCGGCUCUACUCGUUGGGGUCAUCUUCAUGGACGGAGAGGAGAUUGCACAGAAAGGCUUCUUCGAUGGCUAUAACGCGGUGGUGUGGACGGCAAUCACCUUCCAAGCGAUAGGUGGUAUGCUGGUGGCCUUGUGCAUCAACUACGCGGACAACAUUGCCAAGAACUUUGCUACGUCCAUCAGCAUCAUCCUCAGCUUUUUGUUCAGCGUCUUAUUUUUCGAGUUCCAGUUUGUGUUCGGUACCGCAAUUGUGAUAUUUGCAACAUACCUAUACAGCGGUCCCGACCGAAAGAGGGUCAGACCACCCCCCAUCAACAUCGCAAGCUACGAGAAGACGACAGUCGACCACGGGUACACCCCCAAACUCGAGGAGAACAUGUUGUUGCCAAAAGCCGACCCCCUAGAUAGCCUCAAGCAGGCCGGGCUCUCUUCUUCGCGGCCCAGCUCGCCAUUGAGACACCACUCGCGAGUUGGCUCCUCACGAGGAAAGAUAAAGCGCGAUGAUUGA